AUGCAUUACUUGUGGCUUCUUUCCGCUGCCGCAUCGUUGGCAAACUCGGUGGAUGCUUCGCCUUUACAGAAAAGGUGUUCAAAUCCCAGCCAGUUUCCAGGUAAAUCGCAAGGCCAAAAAAAAUGUGCUCAUGUCGUUAACGGCUGUCCUAACUUGGAUUUCACUUGGAACUCCAAGAACCAAAACCGGAUGACUUACGACAUCUCGAUGAAGCGAGUCAAAUGGGUCAAAGACAACAUCUACGAGAUUACCAUUCACGUGCAAGGUGAAAAGCAGAUCAGCUUGAACUGCAUUAACGACUUGAAAAUCAUUGGUAUCAACGGACCUGACGGCGCUACCUUCCAGCUUCUUGACAGACAGCACAAUGUCCAACGUGUCGACAACCCUACUGAUUACGACGCCACUUUCAGAGUUUACGGACAAGAUGAUGUUCAGAACUGCAGAUCUUGGAUGCCAAACUUCCAGAUUCAAUACGACUACAACGGACAAUGUGACGUUCACAGCUCCCAGUCUUUUGACCUGAUUACCGGUUGUAACAAUUCUGACAACCAGGGGCACUCUCAGACUGAUGCUCCCGGCUUUUACUGGGACUACCAGUGUGGAACCUGCCCGGCCGGCAGCAGCAGCAGCUCAUCGAAGCCAUCUCCAUCUUCGAGCUCUUUAUCUACUACUGAAAGCAAGCCUUCUUCUACCUACAGUCCAACCACUACAAGUGAAUCAUGCACCACUGUUGGCCCAACCACAAUUUCUGGUUACACCAGCUGUUCUCCUGGUCCUUGCCCACCUCCAUCUAGCUCUGCUCCAUCUAGCUCUGCUCCUUCCAGCUCUGCUCCAUCUAGCUCUGCUCCAUCUAGCUCCGCUCCAUCCAGUUCCGCUCCAUCGAGCUCAACUUCCUGCUCCAAGACUCACAGAUCUAAGCAUUCUACGUCAACCUCCUGUUCUCGUACUCACAGAUCUAAGCACUCUACUUCAACUUCCUGCAGCUCCACCCCAUUGAGCUCCGCUCCUUCCAGCUCUGCUCCAUCUAGCUCCGCUCCAUCGAGCUCUGCUCCUUCGAGCUCUGCUCCAUCUAGCUCCGCUCCAUCGAGCUCUGCUCCAUCUAGCUCUGCUCCAUCUAGCUCCGCUCCAUCGAGCUCUGUUCCAUCUAGCUCUGCCCCAGUUUCCUCUUGUAGCACAGUUCCAGGCACUACCGUUCCAGGCACGACCGUUUCUGGUUCUACUGUCCCAGGAACCACUGUCCCAGGUACCACCAGCUGCAACACAGUUCCAUCGAGCUCCGCUCCAUCGAGCUCUGCUCCUUCCAGCUCUGCUCCUUCCAGCUCUGCUCCAUCGAGCUCUGCUCCAUCUAGCUCCGCUCCAUCUAGCUCUGCUCCAUCGAGCUCUGCUCCAUCGAGCUCUGCUUCUUCCAGCUCUGCUUCUUCCAGCUCUGCUUCUUCCAGCUCCGCUCCAUCGAGCUCUGCUCCAUCUAGCUCCGCUCCAUCGAGCUCUGCUCCAUCUAGCUCUGCUCCUUCUAGCUCUGGUCCAUCGAGCUCUGCUCCUUCUAGCUCCGCUCCAUCGAGCUCCGCUCCAUCGAGCUCCGCUCCAGUCUCCUCCUGUGUUACUGUCCCAGGUACUACCGUUCCAGGAUCCACCGUGUCUGGAACCACUGUCCCAGGAACCACUGUCCCAGGUACCACCAGCUGCUACCCUGGUCCAUCCAGCUCUUUCUCGUACGGCAACAGUACUGUUCCACCCAGCUCUGUUCCAUCGAGCUCUGUUCCAUUGAGCUCCGCUCCAUCGAGCUCCGCUCCUUCCAGCUCUGCUCCAUCUAGCUCCGCUCCAUCGAGCUCUGCUCCUUCCAGCUCUGCUCCAUCUAGCUCCGCUCCUUCCAGCUCUGCUCCUUCUAGCUCUGCUCCUACCAGCUCUGCUCCUUCUAGCUCUGCUCCAUCGAGCUCUGCUCCAUCGAGCUCUGCUCCUUCCAGCUCUGCUCCAUCUAGCUCUGCUCCAUCUAGCUCUGCUCCAUCGAGCUCUGCUCCAUCGAGCUCUGCUCCAUCUAGCUCCGCUCCAUCGAGCUCUGCUCCAUCUAGCUCCGCUCCAUCGAGCUCUGCUCCAUCUAGCUCCGCUCCAUCGAGCUCUGCUCCAUCUAGCUCCGCUCCAGUCUCCUCCUGUGUUACUGUCCCAGGUACUACCGUUCCAGGAUCCACCGUGUCUGGCACCACUGUCCCAGGAACCACUGUUCCAGGCACCACCAGCUGCUACCCAGGUCCAUCUAGCUCCGCUCCAUCGAGCUCUGCUCCAUCUAGCUCUGGUCCUUCCAGCUCUGGUCCUUUCAGCUCUGGUCCAUCGAGCUCUGCUCCAUCUAGCUUCACUACACUUGCUCCUGUCUCGGAAAGCAGCUGCGUCUCAAUGCCAGCCACCACUGUCUCUGCCAGAACCGUGUCUGGUACUACGUACCCAGCCUCUGUUAUUUCUGGAUCCGUCAGCUGUGGCCCAGCUUCGCCUAGCUCCACAGGCUAUACUGAGAGUGUUGUGACCGUUACGUCUUCUGGUAUUGAAACUAUUUACACAACGACAUGUCCACUAAGCGGAACUGAGAGCAGUGCCACUGCACCACCUCAUUCCGAGAAACUUGUCACUGUGACUGAGUCAGGUAAAACAUCCACAUUUACCACCACUUAUUCGUCGGCGUCUCCAGCCAACAGUGAUGCUAGUGAAGCCGCUCAAUCUACGCGUUACACCGAAUCUGUUGUCACUGUUACGGAGUCUGGCGUCGUGACCUCUUACACCACCACUUGCCCGCUAUCUGAAAUCACCGGUGCCACCAGAACUGGCGGUAGUGCUCCAGCUGCCAACACCCCAGCUACCUCUGCUUCUGCUCCAGGUGCUUCUGCUCCAGGUGCUUCUGCUUCUGCUCCAGCCGCUUCUGCUCCAGGUGCUUCUGCUCCAGGUGCCUCUGCUCCAGCCGCUUCUGCUCCAGGUGCCUCUGCUCCAGGUGCUUCUGCUUCUGCUCCAGGUGCUAACACCCCAACCGCUUCUGCUUCUGCUCCAGGUGCCUCUGCUCCAGGUGCUUCUGCUUCUGCUCCAGGUGCCUCUGCUCCAGGUGCUUCUGCUUCUGCUCCAGGUGCUAACACCCCAGGCGCUUCUGCCUCUUCUCCAGCUGCUAAUACCCCAGCUGCUUCUGCCAGCUCUUCCAAACCUCAAGGAUCUACCGGUGCUUCCAGCACUGCCGCGGCGAUCUCUACAUAUGAAGGCUCGGCCAACGUUCUCAGAGCAGGCUUGCUCUUGGCCCUUCCAUUGGCCUUAUUGUAA